ACAGCGCGUUAGUGUGUUUGUGUGUGUGUGUCUGUGUAGUGUCGGUCGGUCGGUCGGUCAGGAUUCAAUUUCCGGUCGGAACAACGCGGGGGAUCACCGCCCCACCAACCGCCGUUAGGAUUCACCGCUCAACGUACGCGCCGUUCGAACCUACGUCGUCGUCUUCGUUGUCAGGUGCAGCGCCAGCUCGUCGACCGGUACUGAGGGCAACGCAGCAACAGCACAGCGCUGCUGCCGGUGGGUCCGGCACCAUUCCCGGAAAAAUAGAAAAGAUUGCGGUUCCGUCGUCGGUUGGGUUGCGGAGCGCGUAUCCUAGUGCUGGUGGUCCGUUGCCAACCUCCAAGACGGAAGACCCCAGGCAAACGGGGACAGAGUCUCGUGCCACGGGGAGGGAGAACCACAUCCCCCCCGCUAGCCGACGCUGGGUCCCUCCCUCUCUGAGACCGCAACAUGGACUCACCGAAGAGGCCAGAAUUGAUUCGAUCUUUCGAAAAGUACGCGGUAUUCUGAACAAGCUAACCCCCGAAAAGUUCCAGAAGCUGAGCGAUGACCUGCUGAAGCUCGACCUCAACUCUUCCAAGAUCCUGAACGGAGUGAUCCUGCUGAUAUUCGACAAAGCCCUCGAUGAACCCAAGUACUCGUCUAUGUACGCACAGCUGUGCAAGCGUAUCGAGAAAGAACUAGAGAUCGACAUUGACAAAACGAAAUCGAGCACCUUCCUGCAGAUUCUGCUGAACGUUUGCCGCGACAAGUUCGAAAACCGCGUCCAGUACAGUGAGAAGAUCAUCAAUUCGGAGCUCGCGCUCACCGAUGAUCUGGAGGAAAAGAAAAAUGUGGCCAAACAGAAGAUACUGGGCAAUGUUAAAUUCAUCGGCGAGCUGUACAAGCUCGACAUGCUCGGCGAGCCACAUCUGCACAAGAUGUUGCGCUCGCUCUUUACCAACAAGUCCGGCGCGUCGACGGAGAAAAAUUGCGAGGACAUGGAAUGUCUGGCACAGCUCAUCAAGACCUGCGGAAAGAAUCUGGACACGGAGCUGGGAAAACAGCUGAUGGAGCAGUACUUCGACCGGAUGGAACAGUAUUCCCUGUCGAGCAGGUUCCCGCCACGCAUCCGGUUCCUAUUGCGCGAUCUGAUCGAGCUGCGCAAGAACAACUGGACACCGCGGAAGGUGGCCCGCGUCGAAGGACCGGCUCCGAUUCAGGAGCUUACCAACGAGGACGAUCUGGUGCUGCGGCCUUCGUUUGGCUCGCGCGGUCGUGACUACCGCAACCAGGAGCGCAACAACGAACGGGACUGGAUCAGCAAGCUGGGGCUCAACUUUAACGAUAGCUUCAACCUGCUGAGCGUGUCCAGCCCAUCGUCGCUGAUACCACCCUCGUAUUCAUCGCCGUCGGCCAACGGCUACGGCGGCAACCGCGAUCACCGGGACAAUGGCUCCGGCGGCGGCGGUGGCGGCAACUACGGACGCAUGCACAACAACCGCAACGGAGGCCAGAACCAACACAACAACUACCACAACAAUGGCGGCGGCGGUAACAUGCGUUACAACAACAACAAGCACAACAACCACCACGGAGGAGGUCGGGACGACCGUCCGAAUCACCACCAUCAGAACAACGGUGGACCCAACUCGCACAACUCGUACUCCAACCGCGACAACCGCGACGGAGGUACUAUGAACAACAACAAGGACCUGGCGCCGCGCUUCAAGCGCAACCUCAUGACGCCCCAAAACCCCGUCGAGGACCUGCAGAUGCGACCCACGGCCAACAGUCUGCUGUUCAAAACGCAAAACAUGAACAUGAAGACGCCCCAACUCCCCAUCUCCCAGUCCUCCUCCCAAUCCUCCAAAUCCAACCAGUACGGAACCGGCCCAGCCCUCGGCGACUUCCCCUCCCCGCUCACAACCCGAACCCUCCUGAGCGAGCAACGCGCCGCCGCUGCCGCUGCGUCAGCCCCUCGUGGAACCUCCCCCAACUCAUCCUCAUCCUCCUCAUCCACAAACAACCUGCAAUCGUCAAACAACGGCUCGCAGAGCUCGCAGUCCCCAGCCCAGCAAAACUCUCUCAACAACGCACCAUCCUACGCGGCGCCCUCCCCCUACCAGACUCCGCAAGCCCGCAACGGCCUAGGCGCUCCCAAGUCCAACCCGGCGCCAGCCUCGACCACCCCGAUCAACAACAUCCUCCAGAAGGAGCAGGUCAUCAUCAAGCAGGCCUCCGCCGACAAGGCGGAAAAGAAGAACAAAAAGGACAAGGGCCCCAACAAGGAGGAGUUCAUGAAGAAGGUGUCGACGUUCGCCGCGGACGUGCUGCUGGACAACCUGCGCAAGCAGCUUGAAGAGGCCGAAAAGCCCGUUGAGAAUGGUGACGUUAAGGAGGUUGUCGUGGAGGUCGUCGACAAGACGCCAGUCGUCGCCGACCCGGACACCGUCAACGAGGCCGACCUGAAGGAGGAGGCCAAGUCCGAGGACGACAAGUCGUCCGAGAAGGGUGACGAAACGCCGGAAACGAAGAAAUCCGACGACGAAGAACCAGCCCCGACCAAGCCGCCAGCCCUCAUGGACGAACUGGUGCACGCGUUCUGCGACCUCAAAGUGCCCGAGAAGUUCAUGCGCGACUCGGUCACCAAGAUCGUGGCCGAAGUGCUCGACAAACCGGAACCAUUCCACGAAAAGACCAUCGAGUUCCUGCAGAAGCUCCGCAAGGAGAACAAACUCUCCAACGGAGCGCUGCUCGAGUCCUUCAAGGCGCUCGUCAACUCGAUGAACGAAAAGGAAAAGACGAUCCCGAAGAUCACCACCAUCGUCGCUUCCCUGCUCUGCCGAGCCGUUUCGGUGCGUCUGUGCAAACUCUCGGACGUGGCCAACUACACCGACAACGGCGCCCACUACCCGCUGUUCCUGCUGGUGCUGCAGCAGCUGCACAAGCAACUGGGCAAGCAACCGCUGCAGGACCUGUUCCAAGCCAGCAAGGUCAACCUGAUGAGCAGCCUGCCCGAGUGCGACCGCACCAAGGACCGCAUGGCGGAGAUCCUCGAGGAUCGCAACCUGAGCUUCCUGUAUCCGCUGCUGCGGGUGCAGGCCGAGCUGUGGAAGCAGAUCCAGGCGGACUCGAACCCGCAGCAGUUCUACAAGUGGAUCAAGGAGAACGUCGAACCUGGGUGCUACACCGACCCGGGCUUCAUCACGGCGGUCAUGACCGUGCUGCUCAAGUACAUCACGCAGGAAUCGGCCAAGUGCGCGGACGAGAAGCAGUCGGUGGAGAAGGAGAUGGACAUCCUGAAGAAGUACUGCCCGGUACUGAACGCGUUCCUGAACGGCAACAACGACCUGCAGCUGAUUGCGAUCUACGCGAUGCAGGUGUACUGGUACAGCAUCGACUUCCCGAAAGGCGUGCUGCUGCGCUGGUUCCGCGAGUGCUACGAGCUGAGCGUGAUCGAGGAGGACGCCUUCCUGCGCUACAAGGAGGACGUGACCGAUCUGUACCCGGGCAAGGGCAAGGCGCUGUUCCAGGUGAACCAGUGGCUGACGUGGCUGGCCGAGGCCGAGGACGAGGACGAGGAGGAUGAAGAGUAAAGCGCGAAGGCGGGAAGAAUUUGACAACAACAAAUGGCACACAAACUGAUUGAAAAUUAAACACACACACUCACACUCUCAAGAAGAAGAAGAUGAAAAAGAAACAACAACUGAAAACAAAUUAGGAUGAUUUAUUUUAUUUUACUGUAAAUCUUUUUUUAAUUGUAUCUUUUUUGUAUUUUAUUUUAAACUCUCGGAUAAAAUUAUAGGCUUCUUAAAUGGAACGUUUUUUUUUUGUUGUUUAGCAAACGAACGUUGAUUUUCUUUUGUUACUUUUGCGAUGCGAUUGAAGGAGUGACCGUGCACACACAUCUCUAUAAAUACACCGUGUAAACAGAGCAGUUUAAACCGGCGCGACCGAGGUCGCGUGGAACCGUAAAUAGAUCAAUUUGUAUUUGUGCUAAUUAAGUGCGAGCGAAGAAGUAGUUUGAAUGAAAGUGCAAUUGAAAUGCUCCCCGACUCCCCUUUCUUGUAAUCACUAAAAAGUAGCUGCGUGAGUGCUGCGAGAAUGUGACACGUUACGUGAGUGUGAUUUCUGGUGAAUCGUUAGCGUUUAAUUUCUGUGUAUUUUAGGGAAAACUACUAAAUCUAGCAAGUCUUGGCAGAGGACGGUAAUAAACUUGUGUAAACUACGUGGUAAUUUAGUAGGAAAAAAAGAGAUAACAGUAAUAAAACAAUAGCAGAUUAGCCGUUUGAUUGGAGAUCGUCUGCGCACCGUUAAAUAUUAAUCGUUCACAUCCACUCACAGACAAACACACGAGCGCGUAGUUCCCCCCUAAUCUCACCCCCCAAAAGCUGCGCAGCAAACGGUAAAUAAAAGUAUAAAGUAAAUAGACACACGAUACCAAUUAACUCUAGCGUAAACAGCGAGGAAAGCGGUUGUUGUUACUCCACGUGUCCCCGCGCACGUGCGCGACCCCAAUCAACCAUCCCCCUUAAAAAAAGAGAGUCUUCUUUGCAACGUGAGAAAGUCAUGCGAGAAAAAUAAGCAACCAUUCAAGCAACAACAACAAAAUAACAGGAGGCGAAACAUUGCAAAUAGAGAAGACUGAGCGAAACGAAACGAAGAAAACUGAGCAACUAAUUUCAACGUUUCAAGCAAAAUGCCACGAUUGAUGAACACACGAGAGAGAGACAGAGAGAGGCGAUUGGAAAGUCGUCGUAGCUUGUAGGUAGAUUAAAAUAUGAUGAAUAUCUAGCUAAUUAACUAAAUGGAAUUAAUUUCAUCACCUCCCCCAACACCCAUCAAACUCUGUGUCAUCGUCAUCAUCACUUCUUCGUCCUCACCCCCUUCACCUUCUCAACAGCCUUUGCAAGUCACACCUUUAAGAAAAAAAAGCCUUAUUAUUUAUUCCAACACCGAUUGUCUUUCGUUCCACUUGAUUUGAUUUUCUAAAAAUGCAUCAAACCACACAAGUGAAAACUUCCUGUCCGGGCGUGCUAGAAAUGCGCGUCCUUAGACGUUACAAAUUAAUUGUGAUUUCAUGCAAUACACACACAAAAACCCGCAUUGUGUCAGCGAGAGUCGGGUAAGAUUAAUUUAGCAUGAUUAUAACCAAAAAAAAUUAAAAACAGACAUGGAACUACCACAAAAUGCUGCUAAUGAGACAGUUUUAUAAAUUAUCCGAGUCAAGUUCGGCGAAAACAGUAAUAGGAAACACGAUUCUUAUAGCGAGCUAGCGAGUGAGAGAGUGAAUUAAAAAAAAUUAUGAGCGUGUACGAAAUCGAUUAAUUAUUCAAACAUUCAUAACACACACAAUUAUCAGAUACCAACACACAGCAACAAGAAAAGAAUUACGAAGCAUCAGUUGAUUGCGCGAAACAUUUAGCAGAAAUUAUAGAGAGAGCCUCACCUGUCGAGAGCAGCGUGGUGAGAGAGAGUGGAAAGAAUUAUUAUAGUUAUUAUCAUUAAUACUAAACACAUCAACAAAAGAAGAGAAGAGAGAAAAAAACACACACACAGUUCGAUAGAAAAGAUACAAACAAACAAAAAAAA